AUGAUGCACACUACACGGAACGCACGCAAGAAGGAGCUCAAGCAACAGAUCAAGAAAAGCAGCGCAGGGGCGAAGGCCAACACACCAACAACCACACACCUGUCGUGGAUGGCCCCCAAGCGCGCACCGGGCGUGACGCAGAAGCUGAUGAUCAAGCAGGCGGUGCUGAUCGACGAGCUCCACAAGAUCGAAGUGUGCCUCACCCCCACCCACUCGCCGCACGCUUCGACCUCGCUCUACUCGGCCCCGCUGCCCAAGCUCAAGUCGUCGCCGGAGAGCGCGGCCGAGCUGCUGAAGACGAAGCGCCAGCACAACAGCGACUCCCUCUGGGUUCGCCGGCCGCGACCAGAUGUUGCCUCGACCACCACGUCGAAGAAGAUGAACAAGACCACCACGACAACAUCAUCAAAGACCACGACCACAACUACGACGGCAACGACGGAGAAGCCAAGGUCGCGGUCGAGCAACCCGAUCAAGCGUCUGCUGGUGCGACUGGAGAAGCGAUCAGCGGGCCUCAAGACAGUAGCCCGGCCCGAGUAG